UUCUCAGUGGUUCAGUGGUGCAGCUAACAUAGACAGAUGCGCAGCUAUUUCAACAUAUUUCGCCUGCUGCUCCUGCUGCUGCUCCUCCUCUGCCUCGUGGGGCAGCUGCGUGCGGCGCCUGUGGGCGAGCAUGUCGAUCAUGCCGGCUGCAUACGUGUGACGAUCAUUAAACGCCCGUUGACCACGCCUACAACCACAACAACAACAACGACAACAACAACCGCCGCUACAACUGGGCCCGCAGUGCCACCUGGCUAAGGCAAAAUGU